UCAUUACUCAACUGAACUUACUGCCUGACGGUGCGAGUAGCUAAACUACUAAACUGUUACGAGACUAAUUAAUAAGUUAGGGGAAGAAAGUGGUGAAGAUGUCGAGAGACGGGCCCUCGAUGUGUGUGCUACGGAAGGUGGUGCUGGAUGGAUUCCUUAUUGCUGGAUUGACAGUAUGCCUGUUUGCGAUGAAGCUGCUAUGGGAGCCGUUCCAUCGAGGGUUUUUCUGCGACGACGAAUCCCUCAAGUACCCCUACCACGAGAACACAGUCACCACCCUUAUGCUGCGGUUGUAUGGUCUGGGAAUACCCUUUUUAGUUGUGGUCGUCUGUGAAUAUGUAAUCCUGCGCAAAGAAUCCAGUGACACGAAAGUCUUCGGCCUGAGUAUACCCACCUGGAUCCGUGGGCUGUACUGCACAGUAGUGGCUUUCGGCCUCGGCGCUUUGUUCGUUGAAUUGGCUACAGAGAUCGCCAAGCAUGUGAUUGGUAGACUUAGGCCUCACUUCUUUGAUCUUUGCCGACCUUCCAUUGACUGUAGUUUACCAGAAUGGCGUAAUCGCUACGUGCUACCCUCAGAAUACUAUUGCACCAGCAACCACAGCCAGAUCGAGGAUGUGCGCAAAUCCUUCCUCAGCGGACACUCAAGUUUUGCAGCUUACACGAUGGUCUUCGUUGCUCUGUACCUCGAGCGGCGCAUGACCUGGCGGGGGACCCGGGUGCUCCGCCACACUCUUCAGUUCGCUGCCCUCAUGAUCUCAUGGCACACUGCACUUUCUAGAGUGUCAGACUAUAAGCACCACUGGAGCGACGUACUGGCUGGAUACAGCUUGGGAGUCGUCUUCGGUGUACUAGUGGUAUACUGUGGCAUAGACCUGGUCCAGAGAAAAAAGAACCACACCAUCGUGCCUCAAAACGACGUGUAUGUCAUCGGACCAGCUCACACGUAGUAGACGCAUAUACAUACGAUCUAGUCUUUACUAAAUAUUGUCUUUGGUUAUCUCGAUAGCGUAUUCUU